GUAUAUAAUAUAUAUCGUGUUUUUUUUGUGUGGUUAUAUUUAAAUUGAAAAUAAUUUAACGCCAAAAUGACGCAUGCUAUCAUACAGGAUAAAGAGAAGGUGGAGUUAAAACGAGAAUUGGGACUAUUCAGCGCCAUUAAUAUGAUCAUCGCUGUUAUGAUUGGGUCGGGAAUAUUCGUCUCGCCAACAAGCGCCCUGGAGAGAUCAGGAUCGGUAGGAUUCUGCCUGAUAAUCUGGGCCCUAAGUGGAAUGGUAUCGUUGCUGGCGGCCCUCGGUUACGCAGAACUGGGUACAGUGGUGCCUCGAUCCGGAGCAGAGUACAUUUAUUUCGUCGAGGCGUUUGCCCCGCUGCAUCGAUACUUGGGUGAAAUUCCAGCGUUCCUCUGCUCCUGGGUGUUCGUCUUCGCGCUCCGUCCCGUAGAAGUGGCGGUGGUAGCUCUGACCUUUGCGGAGUACAUAGUGCAGCCGUUUUCCAACUACAUUAAAAAUGUCCCCGAAGAAUCUAUGCACAAGGUGAUACUGCUGCUGAGCAUCGCUGCCCUCGGACUGAUGACCUUCAUAAAUUUGACUAGCGUCAAGCUCUAUGUGAAGGUCCAAAACGUCUUCACGAUGUGCAAGGUCGGCGUUUGCAUCCUCAUCAUCGGCGGUGGGCUCGUUUGGCUCGCGUCAGGUCGGACUGAGCUCCUCACCGAGCCCUUCAAGGGCACAACCCGUUCCCCGGGCAACAUAGCCCUCGCCUUCUACAGCGGCCUCUGGGCCUAUGACGGGUGGACAGCAGCCUCGAUAGUCACCGAGGAGGUGAAACGGCCUGAGGUCAACAUCCUCAGAAGCAUCUUGAUAUCUGUUCCCGUGGUGACGCUGCUCUAUGUCGCCGUCAAUCUCAUGUACAUGUCAGUACUGACAGUACCCGAAAUGUCCUCCGCCCCAGCAGUAGCUGUUCUAUGGGCCGAAAGGGCACUCCCACCCUGGUUGGGCUUUGCGAUACCCUUGGGGGUUGCCGUCGCCACCUUCGGCUGCGGCCUCAGCAUGCAGUUCGGAGUUUCGAGGCUCUGUUACGUCGCCGGGCAGCAGGGACACGUUCCGGAAGUCUUCAGCUUCAUCCACAUACAGAAGAUGACCCCAGCAGCAGCGGUGGCGCUCCAAGGGCUGAUCACCCUCGUGUUCAUCGUCUCCGGGGAUGUAAUCGCCCUCAUAGAAUUUGCCAGCUUUCUUACAUGGUUCUUCUAUGGACUCGCCAUGAUCGCCCUAAUCGUACUACGUCGCACCAAACCCGAUGCACCAAGACCCUACAAGGUUCCGAUCGUCAUACCUUGGCUCGUCUUUUGCGUUUCGCUGUUCCUAUCGAUCAUGCCAAUCGUCAAGGAUCCCUCCCCCAAGUACGCUUUUGCUGGGAUUUUCAUGCUCAUCGGUAUCGCGGUUCAUUACCCUUACGUCUACAAGAAGAGACACGACAAGUUUUUGGAUAAAUUCACCUAUGCAGUGCAAGUAUUGUGCCUAGUCGCUUCUCCGGAUAGAAAAGACUGAUUAAAAUAUUUCUGGUUGAAUUUAUCAUGAUACAAAAAUCUAUAUUAUUCGACAACCGAUUCGUGUGGAUGAAAAUGACUGUAGUGAAAGAUGGAAAACAAAGGCGAUUAACUAUAGUGUUGGAGUGACCAGAUUGUAUGUAAUCUCCUGAACUUGUUGAUUUGCUGUGCUGCCACACAAUAAUGGUCAUCAGCUUGAACAAAUAAGAAAUUUAUCAAGUUAUAGUAAAUUAUGUUUAAUUUUAUGGUAAUCAUUUCAUUGAUACACGUCUGUGAUGUAAGAACACUGCUAUUUAAACACUUACUCAAAUUGACGGAAAAUUUAUUUGUGUGCUGAUGUAAGAUGAACGGGUAAAAAUAUCAUGACCAAAAAUUAAUAUUGAAUCUUUUUUUUUCUUUUUAUUGACAAUUCAAUUAUGCUUGAGCAUGGAAAUCGUACAUUAUAGAUAAUGAUACUCGAUUUUUCUCGUGAUUUUAUUUUUCUAUUUUUUCUAUUUAAAGGCUGGUUGUUAGAAAACGAAGGCAAAACAUUGUAGUACAAAACCAUCUUAAUUUUUAUACCGAUUGUAUUGGAAUAAAAAUUAGAAUUUUUGAUGGUGCUAUUUUUUUCAUCCAAACAGGUAGCAUUAGAAUA